CUCUUUUGCGGAAGAAAACUAGAAGGGAAAGUUUGAAUUGUUUAUAUGGCCGAAGAAGGAGAACUUUCAUCUCCAGACGAGUUGGAAACCAGUAAGUUGUUUAUUUUCUAAGUCAAUGGAUGUACAUGUAAAGAAAAAUGUAUACCAUGCACACGAUAUCAUAUCCUGUUUUCUUGGCCUGGAUUUCAUGCAUUUAUUGCCUUUUCACAGACUCUUUUACCUAUGUUAGUAUAUUGUUAAAAAAGGUGUUUUAAGUUAUGGUUUCUGCCUGGAUUGUUGUGGCUUGUCAUACAGCGAUCGCCAUGUGGAAUGACUGGCGUCUGAGGUUAUUACUGGACAGAAUUCGCGCUGAGACUAGUGCCAGUGAGUCUUUCCAAUUUCGGUUGUUAGUCUCAAAAGAACUUAACUUUUAAAAAGAAGAGGAGAGUGUUCUCAUUGAAAUAGAAGGUGUAGCACUUUGUUAAUUAACUCCUUGAUUUAAAACAUGAUUAACGAUUCUUAACUGACGAGAACUGACUAAAUUUAAUUUUUCGGCUUUUCUUUUCGUUUUCUUUUUUUCUACUCUAGGAAUUGGUUUUUUAUUUGUAUGUUUAUGUAGGCUUUCAAAGGAAGACAAAAUUUUUAAAUAAAGCAUGUUUUCUAACAAAGCGUCAUGAUUUGCAAAAUUGCUCUCUUUUAAGGAUGAAUAAGAAUUCUGGUUGAUAAAGUAUGGGUUUAUCUUUUAACUCACAAUUUUCUUAUUUGAUGUAUUUUUGAUUUUUGAAGUUAUAGACCUGUAUCAAAGUUGCUGGGUUGCUCCCACCCCUUCAUGUCAGCCCUGUAAGGUUUUCCAUUAUUUCUUGAUCAGUGAAAGAUAGAUCCAUGUCAAGCCAGGACAUUUUUAGCAGAUAGAUGUAGUUCUUUACAUCACACUCAAGGCUAGAGUUAGGGCAGAGAAUAAUCUAGCUGAACAAUUUUUUGGACCAGAGACAUUGAAUUUAUUCACAAUAGCCUGAUUCUGGUUGGUUCAUUGAUCCUUUUGGAAUGUUUGAGGUUGGGGACAAACUUUAUGUUGCAAAGGAAGGAACCACAAACCACCCAUACUGUUGGUAUUGCAUAGGUGGUCAUAGGUGUUCUAUAAAGUUUCAGUUUGUUACCAUUGUAAUAACAAUGCAUUUAUAUAAUCUGCAAUUUGAAAAAAGGUUUGGAUGGAGUGGAGCUUAAUGUUCUGGAUGAUAUACUUGGGGAACCAGCAAAUGACGAGUUUGCUGCUGAACUGGACACUCCAGCAAAGACAAGUGGUAAGACAAGAUUUUCCACUGUCCUUAUAUUACUUGUACCCUCUCCUGAACUUUCAGUUUCAAAGGAUGUAAAUAGUGUCAUUCAAUUUUUUUUGAGCUUUGAUAUUUCUUGGACCAGUUUAAGUCUUGUGUUUCUUUGUCCUUUAAAUUAAUUAUUAUGAGAUUCAAACUAGAACCGUAGUAUAUAUUUAGAAAGCAGUAAUUGCCCAAAGGCUAUUUAGAGCAAUUUUUCAGUCGAUUGUCAAAAGUAAUCCCGAUAGCUUUGAUUUUGAUUAAAUCCAUUAUAUGAUUUCUGAAGAAAACUUGUGCCUUUUUUGUUUUCUUUGUUCAGUACCAAGCAGAAAGCGAAGAGCCAACACUGAUGACAAGGCUGAUACAUCUAAAAAGAGACACUUGGACAGUCCAAAGAUUCAAACCAAAGAAAACAACAGUUCCUCUCCUCAAACCAUGAAAAUCUCAAGCCAGACUCCAACUAAAAACAGCAAGGCUUCUAAAACCAUUGCAUCUGGGCUAGAAUCUCCCAAGACAGGUGAGAGUGACAAGGAAAAGCUUCCAGUGAAAGAAAAGGAAGAAAAACAACGUCCAAGAAAAGAUGCUCCUAAGGAAAUUAAAGUAAAACUGAAAGAGAAGGACAAAGCUGCAGGUCAGCUUGAAAAUGAAAAUCCAAGCAAAGAAAAGGGAAAGGAAAAAGACACAACAAAGAACAAACAGAAGGAUAUGAAGGGUUCCAAAACUGAGGGUGAUAGUAAAACUGGAGACAAAGAGACUAAGAAAAAAGAAGAACAGAAUGCAGCAACUACCGAAACUAAAGGAGUUGCUGAAAAAGAGACAGAAAUGGAAAAAAAUGAUAAUUUAUCAAAGAGGGUAAUGAGCUCAAAAGCCAAAGGUGCUUCAAAGGUUGUGAAGAGGGAGGGUCCAAAAAAGGAAGUAGUGAAAAAAGAGGCAAAGAAGGAAAAUGUUAAGAAAGCAGCUGAGAGCAAUAAAGGACAGGGUAAAGUGUCUAAAGAGAAAGUAAAAGCUGUAUCAGAAGAGAAGAAGGCCAGCACAGCAAGUCCAGCCAAGAAAGUAGCAAAACAGAGUGUCCACAGCACUCCCUCUGAAACUAAAAGCCGAAAAGUUCGGGAACCAUCAAAUAAUCCUAGUGAAAAGAGCAGCCAGAGGCAGAUUAAUGAUGGAGUGAAAGGAAACAGAAGAGGCAGUGUUGAAGUCAAGAGCAAAUCAACACAGAAGAAGUCUACUACACAAAUCAAGGAGAAGAAGAGUAAAGUCAAUAGAGGUGUCAAGUAUUCAGAGAAAAUACCAACAGUCCAAACAGAAGAAGAAGAACUUGGAAAAAAAGUUCAGGUUUGCAACAUUAUGUUUAAACAAGUCUUCAAUUCAUGUGGAUUAAGUAGAUUUUUAAAUUUUUAGACAUCAAGUCUGGCAAAAGCCAGAAAACUAUUAAUUGAAGAAAAUGGAUGGCAGCAGACACAUGUUUUAUCCAUUACAGCAGUAAUUCAUGAAGCCUCUCUUGAUCUUUUUAAAGCUGUUUGUUCUCUUCAAAACAAAGGAAAUCAUGAUCCCUAUUAGCAAGCACCAUCCGCCAUGCUGAUGAAAGUAGGAUAAGCUACUACCAGGCUUGGUCACUCACUCCCCUUACUUUUGCUCUCAAUGUUGAUGUUUAUUGUCACUACAGAAAGAUAGCAUUUUUAGCUCUCUGUGAUAGUCACUUGAUAUUCCCUGUUUAUAGAGUAAGAACUGGGAUUAAAUGCAGAGUUGUUGCUGGUGUUGAGAUAGGUUUUGGUUACUAAGGCACAAAAUGCCCUUUGUGUGGAUUUUUUUGGGGGAAAAAGACAGGUUUUGAAAGUAUUGCACUAUUAACCAUUUUCCCAUGAACCAAAAAAAAAGGAAUGAAAUGUAUGGUUUGUUGCAAAAAGUAAUCUACAAGUAUGAACAGAUUUGCAAUUAAUGUUUUGAAAAUCCUCUAAUGUACUUAUUUUGGGAUGAGUUACAUAUAUUUUCCUGGCUGUUUUUAAGGGAUAAAUUUAAUUGCAGUUUGGAAUGGCCACAAUAUUUCACCUUGCUCACACCUGAGGUUGUGAUGUCAAAGCCAGUAUCAGUCAUUAAACAUGUAAAGAUCAGACCUUGUUAUUUUAGGAUCCAGAUAGCAUUGAUGAACCCAUGAGGAGAAAUAAGGAAGAGGCAGAGGAGAGUGAAAUAACUGAGUUUGGACCUGAUGAUGAUCCAGAGGCAACACAAGGUAUGAAACUCCACAAAGCCUGCAUUUGUCACUCGCACUCUUAUCAGACAUUACGCACUAUAUGUAGCUGGAUAUGACGGCUCAGCUCCAUGUGUGUUUGUUUUUGCCUUUCUGGGUCAUUGUCAAUACCAAGGGAAAUAGUUUCAAAAUCAAACCAGUUAUUUACAUUUGGUUCUUCUUGUAGAACUGAACCAUUGGAGUUUUCCAACGUGGGUGCCAAUGAUUCUUCAAAAUUAGGAAUGUCCAUGAACACUUCCUGGAUCACUUCUAGUAUUUUUAAUGCAUUUGUCAUUGAAAAUACAGGGUAGCCAGUAAGUAAAUCAGCCAAAAUGAAAAUUUUCUCACAGUCCCUUACCACAUCCUUUAUUAAAUGCCUUGAGCAGCCAUGACAAGAGCUUUCAUCCAAUGCUAGUUCUUUGCUUCUCAUCUCAUCUAGUACCUCGAUCAGUGCUUCUUUUGAUGCCUUUCUAUCCUGGCAUGAGACCUGUCUGCAUUUAGCUUUAGUGUCCUUCACUGCUGACUCUUUUGCCUCCUUGAAUGGGACAUGGGUUGCAAACACGAUCUGAAAAUCUUGAGCUAUCUUGAAUCAAGGAAAAUCCAACUUGACAAACAACUUUGCUCAAAACAACUCCAAAGCACUCCUUCCAUUUCCUACAGUUGUCACUUGCACUCUUAUGGGACAUUAUGCACUAUAUGUAGCUGGAUAUGACGGCUCAGCUCCACGUGUUUGUUUUUGCUGGAAGUCAUUGUCCAAGACUUUUAAAUAAACUCAUUUUUAUUGGUUACCUUCUUAUUUCUGGAAAUGCAGUGAAGCGCAACUAAUCAGUGGGCGUAGGGCAUUUUAACAGCCUCUUCGGGCAGGUGUCUUUUCUCCCCUCUCCCACCCCCUACCCCCAUCAUCCACUCUAACUGCAAAUAAAAAAUGGCCGGUCUAACAAAUGCUCGCAAGCUUUUAGCGUUAGCUCGCACUAACAAGACGCCUACAUAGCAGGCUACACUGAAGUUGAAAUUAAGAGAGGCCUUUUUUGCUAUACUGCUUGUUGACAGCAGUCAUAGGUACAGAUUCAGUAAAUUCAGAGUCAUUGGUGGAAAGCAAAGUGGCUCUAGCUGAAGAUACAGAUACAGUUAGUAAAUAUGAGGCGAGUGAAGAUAUGGAAGUUAUUGAUGACUUGGAGGAGGCCAGUGAAGGUGCAGGUGGAAGUGAUGACAGUGGGGAAGAAGAUUUUAGUGAAGGAGAGGGAGGUUCAGUGUCACCUUCCUCUUCAGGUUCUUCAAAAUCAGAAUCAGGUUGUUAUUGUUGUUUGAUUUUUAUUAAGUGUCAAUUUAAUAUUUAGCACAAUUGAGCAGUUUGUUGCUUCACUGCAAUAAACAAGACUGCACUUAGGUAAUGAUAGAAAGCAUACUUGAGGUAUGUGGUAGGUGGAGUAUGGCUUGUACAUGUACUGUCACAGUCCUUUACUAACCUUUUAUUUGUCUCUUUCUCUCUAAAUAUCCAUUUUUUAGUGUGAGAUCUUGUUUGGAAAAAGAGGUUAUUUACUAUUGAUAUAAUUACAAUUGGUAAAUCAGUCACAAAGCUUGAUUACAAGAAAAUGUUUAGUAUUAAAUCCAUUCAUAAAUUCUCAAUCCAUCAAAGAAAUUUUUUGUGGGGUAUAUUUAUACAAUUUAUAUUGCAAAAAAGAUGUCAAAAGUAAAGAAAUGAUCCUCACAGUGAGCUGAAAUGAAAUAAAUUGCUGAAAAGAAUUGCUGGGAUGAUUUACCUCAUUUUAUUUUGCCCUUAAAUGAAGGUGCAAUCAUCAUCACUUCUAGUUGUGAUGAUCGCAUUAGUUUUUGCCAUAAACAAGAUUGGUUCAGUGCUAGUGAAAUGUAGGUGGGUUAUUAUUUUAUUUUUAUUUUCUUCUACCCUAUGGGGUAAGGUCUGGUAAAAGCUGCAGCAUAGGAAUUUUAAACAUAUAUUUACAGUAAAACAAAUUUUAUUCCAUUGUGAUCAUGUAUCAUUAUGGUUACAAACUCUAAUUAUUGGAGUUUUCAGUGGAAACAUUCUUCAACUAUGUUAACAAUGGGCAUUUUAGCAGCUUUUGGAACUUUUUGCUUUUUUCUUUUGUACAUGGUAAUUUUUUUAGGAGGUUGACACUGUGGUAAUUACCCAAGUAAUACAUCACUAUUACUAGUCAGUGGCAGCAGUUGAAUGUUUAGUUUUAGUCAAAUAGUUUUAAUGAAGUCUUGUAUUUGUUUAGAAAAUCCAAGUAAUGAAGAACAAAAUGAACAAGAAGGAAAGAAAGUAAAAAGAAGGAAAAGAAGAGCAUCAUCUCCUGUCGAAGGAACUAGAUCAAGUGGUGAAAGUGAUAACUCCUUAGCUGAUAGUCAGCUUCACAUCAAGAGUAAAGUGGCAAAGGCAUCAUCAUCGAAAUCAAAGAAAACAUCCAAUUUGGAUGAGUUCUUUGAAGAAGCUCGAUACUUUGUGAUGAAAAGUAACAAUCACGAGAAUGUAGCUUUGUCUAAAGCCAAGGUAAGUCUACCUUAAGGCUGGUUUUCACCAAGACUCAAUUGAAGAUAGAUUUUUAUUGUUGGAUUUAAAACUAGUUAGACUUGAAAUAGGCAUUUUAAACUUAGAUGAUUCCAAAGAACUUAUAUGUUUCUAGGGAAAAGACUACCUUAGAAAUAGGGGGAAAAAUGGCACAAAAACAAUGCUGUGUGUAUUACAACCAGGUUUACUUUGGAAAAGUUCUGCACACUUCGUGCAUUUUCUAUGUACAAAACAUGAGGCUAAAGACAUUGCUGAUCCUAGCAGUAUCUUUGAUGCGUGUCUGAUAUGAACUUCAUAAUGGGUUUCUCUCAGUGAUAGAGAAUUUAGUCUUUUUCCUAGACUUGUGACAAGACAAAAAACAUCUUUAUCUUAUAAGAUGCUUGAUUUCAACAAUUGUGACACAUUAUUCUUAUCAGGGUGUGUGGUCAACUCCAAAAGCUAAUGAGAAGAAACUAAAUGCUCAUUUUAAGGUGAGGUCUGUUUCUUCAUGAAGCGUUAUCUUGAAAGCAUAUGUCCUAAAGUGAUGAAUCAUGAAUCUUGACUUUCCGGAGGAAAAAAGCUUUCCUCUUACUGGUGAUUGAAGUGUGGAUCCACAGCAAGUUACAGCAAUGCUUACAUUAUAAUUCUGCCAUUCUUGUAGAAAAUUCUGGAAAAUAUUAGGCCCAUGAAAUUUAGUGUUUCCAUUGGUUUGGUUGACCCCAUAUGUUGAUUGGCUAUUUCCAUCUCAGAACUCUGAUGUUUUGCAGUUCUAUUUUUGGAUGUAUUUUCCUUAUUUCUUUAAGGAACCUUUCUUUUGGUUAUGAUAUUUCUAUUCUUCUCAACUUAAAAAUAGAAUAAUCAGCAGCUUACCAGUGUCUGAGUUAGGUAACUGUUUAGAAAGAAAUGUUAGUGUGUAGUGUUUAGUAUGAAAACAAAAUCAAUUACGAUUGUUACCUUCAAAUUGUGGUCUUAAAUUAGCUGACAGAAACAGAAGGGUACUGUUGUUCAGUUUUACUUCCUAUUGAAUGUAUAGAAAGAUAAAGGAGAAGUUUUAAAGGUUAUGAAGAACCUUACAAGUCUUGGAAUUCUGGAGCAACAGUGAACUCAGUUCUGGAUAUCUUUUAGGGCACCAAUGAGAUAAAUCUAUGAACUUGUUAAUGACAAGAUUUUACGGCCACAAAUUGUAACCAACCCUUUCUGUCUAUGUGGACAGUUAAGUCUUAGAAGCCCUUAGGUACUUGAGUUUGGGUUUGUUCGUUAUAAAUGCUUUGGCUAUUAUGAAACACGUGUCAGCCUUCCAGUGGUCAUUUCAGAUAAAUUUGCCACAAAAUGCAACAAGGAGAUCCUGUCCUUGAACACACACAACUACAUUUUAACUCUGAAUGAGUAUUUCUAUAUUUUUAACCUCAGUAAACUGGAACCCCUCACUUCCGGAAACUGGACACUUCUUUCAGUCCAUAAUCACUCAAUUUCAAAAGAAAUUGACCCAGUUAAACUGGAUGUGAAAGUUUUAAGCUUGCUGCCAAAAUCAAAUCACACCUUUGUAAACAUGAUUAAAAUUAAAAUUGUAAUCAUGCUGCUGUGAAAUCACAAUCAGAAGUGAGAAAUGCCCAUCGGCUAAUUACUCAUUGUCCUAUUGGUACUGAAGCAAAAAAUCUAAAAAUCUAACUGAAAGAAAAAUAGUUGAACAAUGUUGUAAUCAGAUGCAGUUAACAAUGGAUUCCUUUUUCUAAAAGCAUCUUGGACACCCCUCUAAACCGGACAUUUCCCUCGGUCACAGGGGUGUCCAGUUUAGAGGGGUUCCACUGUACCAGUAUACAAAACCAUCCUUGCGUUUCUUGCUAAUUUUUGUCCCAAAGAUAAUUAUUUGGUGGUUAGCUAUUCUAUCAGCUGUAUAUACACUAAUCAGUUGGCUAAAUUUCUCUCUCCUUUGAAUAACUUGGGCCAGCACCUUAAUUCCUCUGCCUUUGUUUCUCCAAGUUCAGAGAGAGUAGUGAUUAUAAGUACAUAAAGUACUUAGAUUUCUGAGUUAUAAAGUUUUUUAAGGCAAUUAUAUUUUAUUGAUAAUGCGUAGUUUUACUCAGAUAUUUUAUGGUGGACCUUUUCAAGAUGUAUGCAACUUUCCUUUUCUUUUCUACAUCAUGAAGAAUCUAGUAUGUAUUGUAUUUUAUUGUAUUUGUAAAGAAAACAUUGACAUGAAGCAAGAAAGGAGGAGCUUCUUUUAUGACUACUCAUCAGCUGUUUUUGUACUUGAUUUUCUUUCAGAGGUAUAAAAAUGUAAUUUUAAUAUUUUCUGUAAAAGAGAGUGGAAAGUUCCAGGGGUUUGCCAGACUGGCAUCAGAAGCCAAACAUGGAGGCCAGCCAAUGCCUUGGGUGUUGCCACCUGGAAUGAAUGCCAAAGCACUAGGAGGAGUAUUUAAAUUGGAGUGGCUCAAUAGGUAAUGAUUCAUCAGAAAAAUUAACUCCAUUUUACUCCAUUAUAAUAAUAGUAAGACGCAUAUGAUAGUUUGAACUGUAUUUCUUCUCUAAAUGCAACACCAUUUACAUCCAUAAUGUCAUUUAAGUGUUGAAAGUCCUACUCUGAUGAAAUUACUGGCUGAAUAUGACGAAAUUUCCAGCAGAGGCCCUUUUCAGACUAGGUGCCUGUUCUGCAGCUUUGAGCCCAGACAUUAACCCUUUACACCCUAACAUUAGCACACAUAUUCUCCAUACUCUCUCUAUACGUUCUCUAUACAUUUCCUUGAGGGCUGUAACGAAGAAUUUGUUCAAAAACCAAGAGCUUAUUUAUUUGAAUGUUAUUUUAUUUAUGAUUUGUGCUCCAAUGCUCUACCACUGAGCCACAAAGACUCUUUGGUGAGUGGGGUCUAUUACAAAGUUCUUAUGACUUACCAUCUCUACUUUUCUGUCAAAAACAUUAUGCUAUGAACAUUGCUGAUCCUAGCAGUAUGCAGGACGUGUGUCAUUAGAACUUUGUAAUAGACCCCUCUCACUGAAGAGUCUUUGUGGCUCAGUGGCUCAGAAUUUUUCUUUGUCCCACGCUUGUGACAAGGCGAAAAAACAUCUUUCUUAAUUCUUCACCGAGCUUAAAACUUACCAUCUCUACUUUUUUGUCAAAGAUUUUAUCUUUUAUUGCAAAAAGUAGGUUAGCUGACAAAAGCAUGCCUGAAAAUGGUGAGCAAAUUCGUCCCUUGGUGGUAGCGCCUGUGCUGAGAGACCAUGAUCAGACAAGUACCCUGCUCCUGAAAAAAAAGCAGGGACACCCAUUCCCCACACUGCCAUAGAUGUUUUAAUAGCUUAAAAAGUAGUUUGCACUAGAAGAGAGAUGCCAUUGAUUCUUUUCAGUUAUCUGAAAUGUUUGAUUUUUUUAGCAUCAAGGCUUUACCACUUAAUUAUGUUUGAUGAUUUGGUAACCAUAGCAACACAAAAAACUCCAGAUUUCACCAAUCUGGAGCUGUUUUAGUCAUACGUGUAUUUCAAUCUAAUAUUUGCCUAUUAAACUCCUGUGCGAUUUGGCAAGCAGAUAACAAUAGUUCAGCACUUUGUUCUUGUGUAAGUGUCAUGCAGAGUCAUGGAGUUUGCAUUCACAUAACUAUGUAGAAGCAAAUAUUUUCUUUGUGUGUCACUUGUACAACAAUUAGUGGACCAAGUUUCAUUGAUUGCUUCAAAUUUCUUGUUUAUUUGUGUCUGUUUACUGCAUCUUACAAAGAGUGAAGUAAUUUAGGUCAUCAGCAUACUCAUUUGCUUAUUUUAUUAAUUUUUCAUCCCAAACCUUUCUGCAAUAAACUUUGAAAAUGUCUUUUGUGUAUAUCUCUAAAUUUCUAUGACUUAACUGGCUGAUCAUAGUAGGACCUUGAAUACAAAUUAAAAUGUAAAAGAUUACAUGUAUUUUUCACAGAAUGUUUUUUGUCUUUGCUAUAAUAAUUCUUCUCAUAGUUUGAUUUUAUGAUUAACACAGUGGAUUUUUUGUUUGUAGGAGGGAGCUUUGGUUCAGUAAGUGCCUGCAUUUAAGAAAUCCUUGGAACGACAACAAAGAGGUGAAAAUUUGCCGUGAUGGACAGGUAACUGGCCUCUUAAAUACUCAUAAGGAGUGAGAUGAAUUUUUAUGCAUUGAGAUGUUUGUCAUGCUUGUAAUGCUUUUGUUUUCCACCACCCCACCUUGUUCACUAAAUGGGAAAUGAAUUUUACUUGAUUCAAAAUAAAACAAAAGAAAGUUACUGUGAAUGACAAGCAGAUGGUAAGAUAAUUGCAGUGUUGCAGCUGUCAGAUUUAUUUAUUCAUUUAAUUAAUAUUUAAACAGGGACAUCGCAUUUAGCAUAGCUAGUUUAAAGAGAGCCCUGCAAAAACAAAAUUUGACAAUACAAAGUUACACAUAAAAUUGACAGACAAAAGUAAAACUCAUUAGAGAAAAUACAUAUAAAGUCUACAUAACUAAUUAAAUCUGUUUAAAAAACCGCUUACACUCAGUUUUAAAAGUUUUAAGGCUUUCCGGCAAUCUUAUUGCUUUGGGCAGAUGAUUAAAAGUGCACCCACAAUUAUAUCUAAAACUGCCUUGAUAUUUAGUGCUUUUGGCCAAAGGAGCUAACAUUCCUGGAACUAUCUUAAAUACUCAGGAUACAGUUGCUAUUUUUUAAUCAUCUUCUCCCAAAAACAAGCUCUAAUGAAAGUAGAACAUUUUAAUGACUUAUUUUCAAAGGAAAGAAAAUUGUUUCAUGGAGAAAUCAAGAUAUAAGAUAAAAUAUGCAAACAUGCUUGCACAUGGGAUUUCAAAAUGAGGGCACAUAUUUGUCGGGUGUAUGGAGUGACCACUUGUUACCUGCAAACUGUAAAUAGGAAGAAAGAUGAAAAUGACUAGCUUCGUUAUAAUGAGUUCUUGAUUUUACUUAAAAUCAUAGGAUCACCUCAUGUGUUUAAAAAAGCCCAUGCAGACAAAUUCACCAUGCUUAGAAUAUUGUUUACUUGACUUCUUGGUCAGAAAAUUACAUAGCAUUGAAUUUAAAAUUCCUAAAGUUAUAUCUUUUGACACAGAAUCUUCUAUGAGGUAAAACUUCUCAGAAAUGUCAAUACUUAAAAGUAAUAAUAUAUUUACUGGGCCAUGGAGUUAUGAAAUCAAAGGGUUUGAUACAUCUUCUAAUGAGUAUUUUCACAAAACUUUCUAUUUGGGAACUCUCUCAAGUUGGGGGUGCAUCAUAUAAACAAGUGCAUAUUAUAAACAAUGGUUAUUCUCAGGAUUUCAUGAAAAAGUUAUGAUCAGUUUGAAUACUGGAGAGUAUGUUCUUCCUGUUUAAAUCACUAGGAAGUGGAACCAGCUGUGGGUGAAGCUCUUUGCAGAUUGUUCCCAGAAGAUGAGACAGUGGAGCUCAAUCCAACUCACCACUCAUCAACAGAAAGACGACGAAGGAAGGAAAGGGAUGCUGCUAGGUUAGCAACAAUCAUCAUAUCCUGCAGGCAGGCGGACAUGCAUGUGAUACCCUACUCGUGCCUUCAUUGAGAUGUGAUUUUGUCUAAUUCCAUAAAGGACCAUCAUUGUUUCGCAGGAAACAAAGAGUCGCAGAUGAUCUCUGUCAUCAUAACAGGGCACACAAUGGAUAUGUAAUCAACAGAUUUAUCCUGCUCUGCCCCACCAAGUGCUUCAUUGCUAUCUCCUCUGGAAUCUUGUUCUCAUAUCUUAUAUUUUGCUGUGCUUUUUAGGAAUUGUGGAAAUGUUGUGAUCAAGCUUUACUUCCACUAUGAAAUGGACUUAAGGCCAUUGGCCCGCCUAGGACAUUACCUCAAUGGAUUUACUUCAAAAAAAAAGACUAUUCAGUUACAUAUCAAGAUCUUAUGUUGAAAAUGAACUGACUUCCUUUGGACUGAAAAUUUUAUUUGCAACUCUGGCAUUUUUGCUGCUUAGCAGGAGAACUUACCAAAUUACGGAUGCCUUCAAAACUUGUUUAAAAAAAGAGAUCUUUCUUUAGGCUUGAGAGAAGUUUUCUUGUGCCAUGUGUAUUUUUGAAGGUGGUGAUUAAUGCAGAUGCAGUUGCAGAAGAUAACUGCCAUUAAUCACCCUUUUGUUCUAUUAUUUUGCACAACUAUCCAGGAUUUUCCACAGCCUUUGGUUUGUCCAUGGAUCUACUUUAAAAAAAAACAUUUAUAAUGUCCAACCAAAGGACACUAGUAGGGGAUUGAAGUUCUGGUGUGGGGAAUGCUUCAAGGGACCUGCAAUAGUUUACCCUUUUGUCAUGUACAAACUUGACUGAACUUUAGCUUUUGUGUAGUCACAGUUCUUUAAAAUGUGUUCCUGCAACUACAGUUCAAAUCAGUUGCAUUAUCAAGUGAAUGAGUCUGUGACACUCAUGUGGCAUAUUAAGAUGUUGACACUUGUGGAUCUCUGAAUAUUUUCAUCCUUGGGACUUGAAAGAUUAGUCAUUGGGACUAAGUUACUUCAACACCUAGGACAAUAUCAGUCCACAUUCAGAAACAGAGUCUGCCCAGGAGAGCAAGUGGUAGUUGCUGUUUGGAGGUGACAGCACUGUGCUUCCAUGAAAAUUAACUUGAUAUUAGCAUGCCUUUAGAUCUUUAUUGGUACAUGAUCACAGCCAUUAUUGUCACAGGCCUGGUUCUUAAAAUUCAUGCUGUCAUCCCUGGCACAACAGGCUGGCUGUUCUGACGGGUAAGGGUCCACAACUUCUGGCAAUACUUAAUUUUGAAAUAUUUUUAUCAUUAGGCAUCGUCCGAGACACUCUGAGGAACUGCGCAAGACAAAAAGAAAGCACAGAGGUAAUUAGUUUUCUUCAUCAUUCUCUAUGCUACUGAUUUGGAUGGUCAAAAGUGGGGUAUUCUCUAGAACCCAUAGAAUUUUAUCCUCAUCUACCAUUAAAUGUUUAUGUAAAACUUUACCACUAACUGGGUUUUGAGGGAAACCAAAUGUUUUCAAAUGUGUUUAAAAUUUCACUUUAGACACCUCCAUUUUAGAGCAAUUCACUGACCAGGUUUUAUAUGCUAAACUAUGAGAUGUUGUCCAUGCUGCUUUAGUUGUUGCAUGGAAAUCACAAUUUUAGUCAAGAGUUCUUAUUUGUGUAGCCCCAACUGUUCAGACAGAUUGCUAAAAGAAGGGGAAAAGAAGGUCUCAGAUGUAAUUACAAUGUACCUAGGCAGCCAUUUUACUAAGCAGUAUUUCAAAUGGUGCUAUCCAAAGUGAAAGUGUAACCCACUCAAAGCAAUUUUUCUAGAGAUUGAAUACUUUUUGAGAUGUUAAGACAAUUGGUAAGUGUCAUAAUUUCUUAUUUACUUUUUGAUGGUGGGGAUACAACUGCUUUGGUUUCUGAAGGAUACUUCUCCUUUAAGUGAAGAGAAACUGUUGUACCAAUUCCCUCUGACAAUGAGCUAACACUCAAGACAUUAGAUUCAAAACUCUUAAUAGUGGCUAAGUUUUGUUAUCAACGUAGUUGGUAAUACCAAAUUACCUUGUCAUUCUCUCCCACCGAUGCAGUACCACAGUUUUGUUAGAAACCUACCUGCGUUAUUCAUGUUGUAGUAAUUGGCUUGGCUGAAACUAUUUUGGUGACUAAAACUGCAGCAAAAGUCAAGUAUAUAUAUUAAAUUGUGUUCAUGGUCUCCCUAAGUUUACAGUGAGAGAACGGUAGCAUGAAAUUUGAUUUUGAUUCCAUUUUCUAUUUACUGAGAUUUCACAUUAGUUGUCUUUGUGUUUUGAAUUGAAAUUUAGAAUUAACUUUGAUUGUUGUGGGUAGCCAAUUUUGACUUGUGGGUAGCCAGUUUUGAUCCUUUCAAAGCCAAGUCAAAAGUUAGCUACCAGGAAGUCCCCAAUAGGUUCUAUUGGGAUGCUACAAGAGGGUUUUUGAGAACUAGUGAAAACUGGAGCACAGUUAUUGAAUUUCUGACCUUCUGAUUGGCUAGAUGGAGCCAGGUUAUAGGCUUGUAACCUAGCUUCAAGGUCAUAAAUCUAGGUCCAAUAAAUAUGGUCAAUGAAUUAGCUAGUGAAGUCAAAGAAAGAUUUUCUGUUUUUUUGUUUACACAAGUAAAGAGAUACCAGAGCUAACAAAGAAAAUGCAAGUCCCUUAUCACCUAAAAAGGGAAUGAAUUAAGUUUGAAAAUAUUUCAACCUAUGUAACGGAAAAUUGAGCAGUUUUUAUUUCCUAAAUACACAAUACUGGUAGGAUUUGUUUACAUUUUGCAGUAACAUUUGCAACAAGCUGAAUUUAAGGUAUUUGUUUUACUGACUGAGUGUAGUGGCUUAACAAUCUGGAUGGGGCAAAUUCAAAACAACAUAAUAAACAAAAUAAAUGAUUCGUGUCUGAAAUCUUUUUAAUACAUUUAUAAAAUAUAAUUUUUUUCUUUUAAAAAUCUUUUAAGAUAAAGACAGUUCUUUUAAAAAUCUUUUAAGAUUGUGUUAUUAGGUUCUCUUUUUUUAAAUAUUUUAGCAUGUAGUUAGGCGGUCCACAUCAGCAAAUGCUGCCCUUAUCAUGACCUUAUUCAAAUAAAUUGUGUAUGUAUGUAUGUAUUUAUGUACGUACGUACAUCUGCAAAGAAACAAGAUGGCACAUUCUACAAAAUGGCCUUACUCAAAUCGAUCUAAGCAGCCAUUGAUUGCUUUCUUUGCAUGCUUCCCCCUAUGAAACUUCAAAGCACAAUAAUUUGGGCCGAUCUGCUUGAAAAAGUUUCAGGUUGGGCUUAUUCAGAGGGUGUAAAGCUCUGUAAACUUUCCGUAUAUCCACUUUUCCUCGGAAGGACAUUCACAAAUGUGCAGUUUUAAAUUCACUCACUGGCAUGUGUACUCAUGAAGUUGUCAAUCAUGUCAUCGUUAUUUUUGGAACGGAAGUUGCUUUUUUCAUGCAGUGGUUGUCAAACAAAAUAACAGCUGGGUUUACUAAAACAAUUAUCCUACUUGCUGAAUAUGAGAUGAUUAUAACCAACUCGCUGCAACGCGCCAGAUUGGGAACCCUCAGAAUAGCACCACUAAUGAGUGUUAGGUUUGGAGCACUGUAUGUUAUUUUACCCUAAGCACUUGUCAAAUGGUUUUACGUUUUGUAAUUGGCUGUCUCACCUUUUCGUUCAAUUUCCACUGUUGGUCAACCUGAAAUAUUUUGUUAUGAUUUGAUUACUAUUUUUUAUGGGAAUGUAUAAGCCUUUUUUUUACAUUUGGAAUGUGGUUUGAACAAUAUUCAUUUUUGAUUGAUAUUUUCUGUAAUUCGUUCCCUUGGUUUUCAAGGGAAGUUACUCCUACCUUAAUGUCAAGUGUUUUACAUUUGAACCCUUGGCUUUCAUUUGGAAGUUAACCUCACCUCAUACUUGCACAUUAAUAAAUUGAUUGAUUGAUUGCAUUUAGUAGCCGAGCUGCUUGUGGUCAACGGUGUGUUUCAGCUUUGAGGAGUUGGAUAUUACUUUUUGUGAAACUAGUUAUUUCUGAAAAUUAACAUUUUAACUUGAACUCAAAAAUAAAUUUUGCCUUUGGUUUAUUGUUUCAAAGUUUUUAUGGUAUUGAUUACCUUCUAGUUUCAGCGUCAAGGCAUCAUGCGCGAGAUCACCAUGAACCAACAUCGCGAUAUGACGACAGGUAACUUUUUUAUAUAGCGUUUUCAUGAUAACUUUGGAAGGUUUUCUUAUAGGAGAAAUCGCCAUGGAAGAAUCAAGGGUUCUUUUUUUUCUUUUUCUUUUUUUAAUUAAGCAGGCUACCAUAGUUUCUAUCGCAGUCACAGCAGUUCCAGCAAUACUUUUUUUUUUGCUUGAUAAAACAACAGGUUAUUUGAGAAUUGUCUCAAUUCUUGUCCAAUUUGGCCAGUUUUCACCGAAAGUAAGGAGAAAUAGCAACUUCUUGUUUAAGCUUUCAAGAGAAAGGGUUACAGAAUAAUGCUAAACUUUUUUUAUAUACUUACAGAGCAUUUAUUCAUCUGUUAUUAUUUAUUUUUGUCUAGAUCUCGUUAUGGUGGUGUGAGGCGUGAGACUCUUCUCCACGGAGUAAGUAAUUUGUAAAAUUUAGGAGGAAUACAAAGCAGUGAAGGAAACAAAAGACUAGAGUAGUCACUGGGAGUGGGAGAUGGGAGUGGGAGAUGGGAGUGGGCAGAUGGGAGUGGGGAGAUGGGAGUGGGAGAUGGGAGUGGGCAGAUGGGGUAAUAAGUGGACUGGUAAGCCCACAUUGUACAACGCCAGACUGCCGUGUGUGAGGUCAAGGGUUAAAGUCCCACACUGAACCAAACUCAGGGUAAAAAUAACUGAGGAAAAUAUGCUUCCUUUGUAACAACAUCUGCAAAUGGCAAGACGAGGAUGAGGGCAAGUACCUGUAGGUCCUAUAUUAAUGCCACAGUUGUGAACUUUUUCCAGCAAAGGAGCCACAGAUUAACGCCAUUCUUGUUUGUUUGCUUAAAUACAGAGCAACCAGUUGUCUUAUUACAGUACUAUUCACGUCAAGAAGGCCCUGAAAGGUCCUUAAACUAGCUCUAUCUCCCACUUUUUUUGUAUCUUGUUCUAACUUAUGAAUGCGUCAUUUUCAGUCCUAUUCAGACUACAUGCGGGAGUACCAGCGGUCAAGACACUCUUCUUCUUUACCUCCACUACGAGUAAGGACGAAGAUAUUGGCUGUUUUUGAACUUAUUUACAGACAAGCUAAAAUUGAGGUUGAACCUGUGUGUUUGGGUAACAGAAAUGCUUGUUGUAACUGGGGAAGAUCACUACUGAUUAAAAAAAAAACUGGGAUUUAUUUUACUUUUUCGUAGGAAAUGUCCGGGUAACUAAAAGCUCAACCAGAUAGAAAGGAUUAAAUGGAGAUAAUUGGGCAAAUCUUGAGUUUGGCAAAUCAACAGUCUCAUUACUUCUUAGCUAAAGUAUAUCAAACAGUAGACAUAACCGCUGUUUACAUAAUGUGAUAAAACAAGCAACAUGUCACUUAAGUUAGGAAGGUUCUUCUCUCUAAGAAUCAACCAACGUGGGAAAUGAGAGUUUUCAACGCCUUUCACAUUUAGCCUGCUGUUAGGCACUUAAGGGGGGUUGACAAAAACAACCGUUUUAAAGGCUUUAAUUCUGUUAUGCAAUAAGUGUGCCUGUGACAAAUUCCUGUGACGACAUACCGUGUUACUGUCUACCUUUUUAGUCACAUUUCUCGACUCGAACAGUAGACGUGCCAUCGUAUUACCCACCACUGCACAUAAGUCAUAGCAGUUCACGAAGUGGAGGUUACCACCGACCAGUAAGUAUUUGCAUGCUCUUCUACUCUGUGCUGGAAACAGGGCUGCUUUACUUAGACAUCCUGUUGAAAGGAAUUCUGCUUUCAAACUGCAACUGAGACUAAAUGACAACAAACGUCAAACAUAGGCAUGCUAAGCGUGCGAGAAUUAUUUUCUUGGGCGAGUAGGGUCUAAAUGGCACAAUGUGAAACGGAUGUUUUAAUUUUUUUAAAGAGAAAGAGCAUUGAAAGAUUAAUACCUUAAUACAGAUAUUUGCCUUAGAACGGCGAUCUGAUUGGUGCGAGUUACAUACCAUAAUGUAACGAUCUGAUUGGUGAGAGAUACAUACCCUAAUAAGACGAUCUGAUUGGUGAGAGAUACACCCAAAUGUGGGAGCUGAUUUGUGCGAGUUGCUGUUGUUGUUGUACUUUUCCUGAAAUGGCACCUGUAUAAAACAGAGAAUUGGCAGCAAAUGGAAUGUUGUGGCUACUGCCUCCAAUAGGAGGUGAAGUCAUAUAUGUCGUCGAGAUGACUAAGAGAGUGUAACAAUAGCUGUCCUUUGUUACAUUUCCUUUACCAUCUACUGCCUGUAAAAUUCUGCUGUGGUUACUUCAGUGAGGCUGAUCUUUCUCUAGUAAUGAUUAAAAGGUACAGUUUUGGAAACGGUUAAUUGCAGAAAAUUUAUAGAAGCGUUUCUGUUUUUCAAAGCUUUAAGGCUGGUAGCAAUGCUAGUUUUUUUCUUUUGUUUUUGUUUUUGUUUUCUGGAGGCAAUAUCUGUGGAACUUUUAUUCAAGAUGUUUGACGGCCACCUAACACCGACUAUUCCUCAACAUACAAGACGAGCAAACAUUUUUUUGCCAUCUUAUGAUAUCAUUAUUCAAUGUCCCUUUCCUGCAUAGUAGGACACACUUCUGUGUAGAAGGCUGUUAUUCUUCCAUAACAGGUGACAUGAUAUUUAUCAAUAAUAUUGUGGUUUUCCUUUUGUAAGGUUGAUCAAUAUGCAGCAGCCUGUGAUGAAUUCCUCAGAAGAACACAGUCUGAUCGUGGAAGUAGCAGUCGAUACCGUAGUAGGCGCAGAUAGCGCUUCAGGAAUCUUAUUUGUAAAAUAUUUUCAGUGACUCAAAUUGUUCUAUUGUUUAUUUCUUCCACUUAAUAUUACGCAGACUUUUCAGAUUUGGUUUAGAACUGUAUUAAUUUUUCAAUCAUUUGUAGAACUUUUUAUUGGAACGGAAAGCAAGAAUUCCCUCAGCAAUCUUUCGUUAUAAUAUGUUCUUAAUAUGCUUUCUCAAAUGUUAUAGUAUCACAAUGAAAUUAAAUUAUAACAAGAAAUAUGCCAUGUUUCCUUUAUCUAAGACUGUCAUCCUCUCUAGAGGUGUUGAGCGUCAAUCUAACGGAGAUCAACAAAAGGAUAAAUGGAGUAUGUGGGAAGAGCCGGGAUUCAAGUUCAUAAUGACUUCUGAAUAUGAGAAGAAUAGCAGAGAGUUUGUAUAACUCGGCUCACUGAUCAAACAGGGUGCCUCACUAAAGAACGGAAAUCAAUUUAAGGGGGGAGUGGGAUUAGCAUAAUGACU